AUGGAUGCAUCGUCGAGUCAACGGCCUGAUGGCUUCACCCGUCCCAACGGGCGCAGCGACUUCGAAGUUGCCAUAAUAUGCGCGCUCCGUCUCGAAUUCGACGCCGUAUGCCUCCUUAUCGAUAAGCUGUGGGACGAAGACGGCGAUCAGUACGGCAAAGUCGACGGAGACCCGAACAUAUACACGACAGGUCGGAUGGGGAAGUGCAAUGUCGUCCUUGUUCUUCUGCCCAACAUGGGAAAAGCGAGCGCCGCCAGCGCAGCUGCAAGUCUUCGAUCGAGCUAUCCGCGAGUGUCGCUGGCCCUUUUGGUAGGCAUUUGCGGGGCGGUCCCAUUCGCAGGACCGGAAAGGGACCCCAUUGUCCUCGGCAACGUGAUCAUAAGCAACCUCGUGGUCCAGUAUGACCUUGGAAGAGCGCUUCCGGAUCGCUUCGAUCGCAAAGAUAACCCCCAUGACAGUCUUGGAAGACCAGACAAGAUCAUUCGCAACAUCCUGGUCAAGCUUGAUACGAACAUCGACCGCGAACAUAUCGAGAAACGGGCGGGUGACUUCCUCAAAGCUCUUCAGACGAAGAGCGAAGAAAUAGCCAAACGGAAGCGAAGAGGCAGGCAUACCAGCUACAAGUACCCAGGAGCAGCCAACGACCUCCUGUUCGAUGCCUGCUACCGACACAAGCAUGCUCCUGGUUCCGGGUGCAGAACGUGCGAAGACUGUCAUGACAACUCGGAUCCCGCUUGCGAUGAGUCUCUUAGGUUGUCAUGCAAAGAGCUGAAAUGUGACACAAACCGCUUGAUACGGAGGGAACAUUUGGAUUCAGCCUCAAACGACCACAAUGCCGACUCGGAUUCUAAGGGUGUCUUCUUCUUCAUUGGUGCGAUCGGAUCUGGAGACAGUGUUAUUCGGUCUGGCAAGCACCGUGAUCAGAUCGCCAAGCAGGCCGAGGUUAUUGCUUUCGAGAUGGAAGGAGCAGGCGUAUGGGAUGAGGUGCCAUGCAUCGUGAUUAAAGGCGUGUGUGACUAUGCCGAUAGCCACAAAAACAAAGGAUGGCAGAAUUAUGCUGCGGCAACCGCGGCGUCGGUAGCGAAGGCGGUUAUGGAGAGAUAUAUCGCCUCUGCUAGGGUCGACUUCUCUCUUCAGGGUAUGCCGAUAUCAAACAACUUCGUGCCUCGACCCUCUGAUAUUACUGAUAUUGAGAAAUCUCUUCUUCCUUACCAUCGGAAAAAGCAAGGGCGCAGUGUCUUUGUUCUUCACGGGCUCGGCGGAAUUGGGAAAACUCAGCUAGCUGUCAACUUUGCACGGCAAUACAAAGCUGUCUUCAGCGCCAUCUUUUGGCUGGACGGCACAUCAGAAGAUAGCCUUAAACAAAGCUUUGCCAAUUGUGCAAAGAGGAUACCAAAAGGCCAGAUUCCUGAGAAUAUCAGAAGUCCAAAAACAGGCGAUGAAGUCGAUCUCAACGAUAUUGUGGAGCAAGUACAAGUGUGGCUCAAAAAAGGCGACAAUGUCGAUUGGCUUUUGAUCUUCGAUAACGUUGAUCUGGAUCAUACGCAAGGAGAAAUACCGGGCGCUUAUGACAUUCGAAACUAUCUUCCGAGUGACCACGGCGCAGUCCUGAUUACAUCCCGGUUGUCCAAGCUAGCACAGCUUGGCGAAUCUAAGCGCAUUAAACGUGCUGACCCAGACUUGAGUAAGAAAAUAUUCGAGAAGUGGUACGGGAAGGAACUAAAGUUGCUGCGUUUAUUAGGAGGUCUGCCACUUGCACUCGCGCAAGCCGCUGCAUAUAUAGGAGAAGCAGAUAUACCUAUCGCUAAGUAUAUUGACCUAUAUGAGAAGCAGUGGGAUGAACUCUUCGAGAAUACAGACUCCGGCCUGCUAGACUACGGUACUCGCAGCGUGAUGACGACCUGGAUGAUAUCGUUCAACGCGAUCGAGACGAGGGAGAAGAACGCUGGGAAUCUGCUACGGCUUUGGGCUUUUCUCGACAAUAGAGAGAUGUGGCACAGUCUACUGCAAGUGGCCAGAAAUGACCAGGAGCAGUGGCCCAAAUGGCUCUGCGAUAUAGCAUGCAACGAGGUUAAGUUUCUCAACAUAGCAAAACUGCUGCUCCGCUACUCUAUGAUCGAGACCCGAGAGUCUGAGCAAAGCAGCUAUAGCAUGCAUCCGGUAGUACAUAGAUGGAUAUCGCAUAUACAGGAUGACGCUGGGAAGAGAGAGUUUCUAUGGCUAGCGGUAAUGUUGAUAGGAUUUUCGGUGCCCCACCAUACGACCAAGAAUUAUUGGGUACUCCAACGACGGCUUUUCCCUCAUGCGGAGAGGUUCUUAUGGUGGAUGGGAAAAUUAGAAGGAGGAGAGUGCAACAUGGAAGACAUUACCAUGGGUCAAGCAACACAUAGCUUGGGCAACCUCUACUCGGAUCAGGGCCGGCUAAAGGAGGCUGAAACGAUAAGGCAAGGAGAAGGCGCUCGGACCGGAUCAUACGUCGACUCUCGAUACAGUUAA